AUGGUACGCUGUUACAUCGUCGACUACACCCACGCGUCCGACUACUCCGUCGCACGCGGUCUCGUGCGCGCGCGAUCAUGGGCAAGCGGCUUUGCUUCGGCGCGUGCACCUUACGUUGACGCCUGCUCGACGCGCCGCCCGGGGCGUGCACCACUAGAUCAGACGCUGCAGACUCGGCUAGAGGCCUCCUUCAAGGCGCGCUCCAUUUGCCAUUCCGACAUCCACGACGAGAACUUCCUCCUCGGCGAGGACAAGAAGAUUUGGACAAUUGAUUUCCAGCACGGCGUCAGCGUGCUGCCCCCCGCCUUCCUGACGUUCGCGCUCUUCAAUACCGGCGAGGAAUUCGCCUCGGCCGUCGGCAAGCGACUGGGGUAUCAGCCUUCCAACGUUUCCAACGCGAUAGUGAAGGCCGCCUGCCUGCUUUACCAGCUUGGCGGGGACGCCUCACUGGGUUAG